UGCAGGGAAUAUUUGGGGAAGAGUGAGAACCUGGCAAAGGGAGUAAACAUUUUAAAUUGCAGUAACUCUCCCUCAUGGCAGGACUCCCUGUGCUGUUUUGGUGGGGGUGGGGGUUCUUGCCUGACUCCAGCAGUGCCAAAUUGUCUGUGUGGAGGCAAGGGUGAAGUCGCCUUGGGCGUGGUUCAGAAUUCAAAAACCAGUCUUCCUCCUUUUUUAGCACAAGCUUCCUGCAGCACAAUGAAAGAUGCCUGGUAUUUCUGGGUCUCCAGCAUGCUCUGGGUAUGGACUGUUGCAUCAGGACAUCCCUGCAAUAUUGACAAGCAGGGAUGGGCAGCCUGCAGUGGAAAGAGCCUUCUCCAUGCUCCAAAAUCUCUUCCCAGACAUAUCACCAACCUGGACCUGUCUUUUAACUCAUUGAUAAUGCCCAGACAUGGAACAUUUCUGAGAAGCUUCCCUUCACUGCAUUCCCUAAACCUCUCCAGCAAUACCAUUCCUACUCUCUAUCCUGGCCUCUUUUGUAACCUGGGUGCUCUCCGCCUCUUGGAUUUAAGCAGUUGCAGCAUUACCAACAUGCACUCAAAGAGCUUCCUGGGCUUGAAAAACCUUCACAUACUGCUCCUGAAAAACAAUAAACUUCAGUAUCUGGAACCCUCUGUGUUUCCUGUCUCUGGAAACCUCAUCCAUCUGGACCUGCAGGACAAUGAGCUGUUAUAUUCAGGUGAACUUGCUCGGUUACUCGUGCAAAGAAUCCACCAUGUUGAGCUUCAGGGGAAUCCCUGGGUGUACAGUGCCUCCAUCACUCCUUCCCAACAGGGACUACAACAAACAGAAGCUGAGCUGAUCCAUGAUUCACGCCUAGAGCUCCAGACUAAAGAGAUUAGAACUCUGGACUAUCAGGACCAGGGACACAGAAGAAAAGCGAGGGCCCCUCCAGAUGAACAUUCAACUACCGGUAACCUGACAUCUAAAAAUUACACCUCUACUACCACACUUCCCCCUGGAAAAGUUGCUCAUAGCUGGCCAUACUUCGCUGCAUUUGUGCUUUCAGCUAUCGCCAUCUCCAUUGUGAUUGCGUUGGUUGCUAAAUGCAAAUUGUUGCAGAGGAACCGUGCUAGCUACAACCAUCAACGGCUGCCUGAUUCCCGCUCCAUUGGAAGCAGCCAUGCUGAGGAAGCUGACAUGGAUGUGGCCUAUGGGAGGAACCAAGGCAUCCCUAGAGUAGCUGGGUGUCCUGCAGAGGAUGAUGAUGGUUUCAUUGAAGAUAACUACAUUGAACCCAACCAAGGCUUGCAGGAAGAAGAAGAGGAGGAGGAGGAGGUGGCAGAGGAGAAAGAGAAUGAAUUGGAACCCCAUUUCAAACUUUGAGAGGAUAUUAGGAACCAAGCACCAAUUUUUCAUAUUCUCCAAUACCUUAUCACCCCAUUUUCUAGGAGCUUCCAGUUAUCUCAUACUUGUUACAGAUUCUCCUACCUGCUAUUUGGCUUCAGACCAAUAUCUGAUCUACAACCCUUAGCUUCUUGCCAACAACUAUAUUUCCCCCCGUUUUCUGUACACUGAACUGCAGUAGCUUCUCAAUACAUUUCAUUUGUGUAAUUUGAGGUUAUCCAUGGAUUACCUCCCACAUUAUUGUGUACUAGACUGCAGGUUUAGGCUAUUGAAAGACAGGCAGAAUUUUAAUGAACCCAGCCCACUGUGGAAGCAGUUUUUAAGUGUAAAAAACCCCAAAUUAUGUGGUGUUGUUCUUUAAAGUCCUAGCACACACUUGAUCAGAUAAAUAUUCAAGGUACAUGAGGAAAAGCUGCAUGUAGUAGAGGUGGGGAGAAUGGUGAAGAACAGCUUUCCCCAAACUGAUGCCCUCUAGAUAUUGUUGGACAACUCCUAUUGUACCCAAGCUAGUGAAGAGGAAGAGCUGCACUGAUCCACAGAAAGAAGCCAGACUAAAAAGUAAAAAGUCCAGACUAGCACGCAUCAGUACAAUGUUUAUGCAUGGCCUCUCUCUAAAACCAGUGUCAAGUUUCUUAAUUUUGUAGUGGUUCCAACGUAUUUCAAGAUGGAGUGGAAAUUGUGAUAAGAGCCUUGCUGUGAGAUUUUUGGAAGAUAUGUUGCCAACAUGUGGGAGAGAGAUGUGCCUAAACAAAGAAGUUAUUCUAAGGAUAAUACAGGAAUGUGCUAGGGGGGACACUUGGUUCAUUCACAUCUUGUUUGUGGCCAACAUUUUUUGAGUGUUGCCUGUGAUAAGUGAGAAGCCCACGUACAGUGCUGCAGGCAAGUGGCUCUAGGAUGCAGCUCUUGCAAACUUUGUAGGAAUUAGUUCAAAACAGAAGCAGAAUUACAAGGAGCAUUGCAGCACCUCACUUUCUGCCGCCACUGGCAUCACUCACACCAGCAACACUGCUUGGACUGAGGCAAAGGUGUGUUUUGCUAUCUAGGUUUGUUCCAUACCCUGGGCUGCACAUUGUACAACCAGUGUAUAUAAUUCCCUUAUACAAUCUCUUUUAUCUGUGUAUCAAAUGAUAUUUAUGCUUCCAGGUAAGCCAUUCACUCUGUGCCUGGUAUAAUUGAAUUGAGAACUGCCCAUUACAGUGACUUUAGAAAUGUAGCAGCAAUCCUUCCUCUUACUAUUUUCUCAUUAUUCUUCCUUCUGAUUGUAGUUUUCUUCAACUACCAGUUGACCACUGGUAGUUUCAUCAAGUGUUCAGCUUUAGAAACUCUCCUGUUUGAUGGAAGAUGUUCAGAUGGCAGUGCAUCAUAGGCCCUUCAGAUUGUCUGGGCAUGUACACCUCUUCCCUGAAGCUGUGCUUGUCAAUAUAGCUUUUUGCCAGUACUGAAAGCACAAUGAUUUCACUACUGGGGAGUCUCCCGUUUCUCAUGUCUGCUAUCCUUUUCUGGGGAUGAUGGCAAGGUUGCUUCCAUUGCAGCCACAAGUUUCUCCCUCCUCCUAUGGGAGGGCUUUGUAGCAGGAUCAAGCAAAGGAAACAAUGGCACAUGAUGUAGAAUCAGGUAUAGCCUCAUAAGCUCCAAAUCCUAUGUUAGUGCAAAACAAAAAAUCUUGCCCCAUUUGCUGUUUCAAUUCCUUCCUGAUAUGGCAAUGUCAACCCAGCGUUGUUUUGGGUGAACUGAAUAAGGUUUUGGGAUCAGAGAAGGCAAUAUGUUUCCCAGUAUGUGAACAUCACCUUUAUUACAGUAACUGUAUCAAUAAGAAAUUGCUCAUUUAAGUGAUAUGAAAGUAUUUCUAGGAUGAAAUACAAGGGAGACUUGAAUGAAAAUUAUCUCCACCAGAAUCUGUGCAGUGGUGUGGCUGUUUCAUAAUUAAAUACACUCCAGUGUUUUUAAACAAAUGAUAAUAUUGUGAAUUUAACCCUGAAAAUGGGAUCAUUUGGGUGUUUAUUCUCAAGGUUUAUAAGAUUGUACACAGUGUUUUCCCUUUAGUCAAACAAAACACUGAGCUGCACCUUCUCUUUACUUCUCUACAGCAAGGGGAUUCUGUGCAAAUACCAAGACUCCACAUUAUGUCUUAAUCAGAUAUUUCAGCUAGUCAUGCAGUAUUGCCAGAAUUAUUCAUAGCAAUAAAUGACACUCCUCAUUUUUAGCUGUUU